AUGUACGGUAUUUCGAUGGCAGAGUGUGUCACUAAGGUAGAACUUACCAUUUCCUGCACUGACCUCCUGGAUAAAGAUGUUGGGUCGAAGUCAGAUCCUUUGUGUGUGCUUCUUCAGAAGUCGGGAGACAGUUGGACAGAGCUGGGUCGCACAGAGCGCCUGAAGAACACCUCCAGUCCAUCCUUCAGUCAGCGUCUUAGACUGGAUUAUCACUUUGAGACUGUUCAGAAUGUCAAGCUGGGGGUCUACGACAUCGAUAACUCCUCCUCUGACCUCGGCGAUGAUGACUACCUGGGAGGAGUAGAGCUUACGCUGGGACAGAUAGUUUCCAGCAAAACUCUUACCAGACCUCUGCAGCUAAAGAAAGGAAAGCCUGCUGGAAAAGGAUCCAUCACAAUCACUGCCGAGGAGAUAAAGGACAACAGAGCCAUUGUGUUGGAACUGGAGGCUAGAAAGCUUGACAAGAAGGAUACAUUUGGAAAGUCUGAUCCUUUCCUGGAGUUUUUUAAACAAGGGGAAGAUGGAAAGUGGAAGCUGGUCCACCGAACAGAGGUUGUGAAGAACAAUCUGAGUCCUACCUGGAAGAAGUUCAGCAUUCCUCUGCAGACGUUCUGCUCCAGUGACCUUGAGGGAACCAUAAAGGUGGAUUGUUCUGAUUAUGACAGCGAUGGAUCCCAUGACCUGAUCGGAUCUUUCACUACAAAGGUCUCCGAGCUGCAGAAAGCUGAACAUGGCUCACCGGUGGAGUUUGACUGUGUCCAUCCAGAGAAACAGAAGAAGAAGAAAAGCUACAAGAACUCCGGAGUUGUUGUUGUAAAAAGCUGUAAGCUUAUGACUCAGUUCACCUUCCUGGACUAUGUGAUGGGCGGAUGUCAGAUCAACUUCACUGUGGGCAUCGAUUUCACCGGCUCCAACGGUGAUCCACGGUCACCCAACUCUCUCCACUAUAUGAGUCCAGAUGGGCUGAACCAGUACCUGUCUGCUCUGUGGUCCGUGGGUCAGGUUGUUCAGGACUACGACACUGAUAAACUCUUUCCAGCAUUUGGUUUUGGUGCCAAACUUCCUCCAGAUUAUCAGGCGGCACAUCAUGAGUUUGCCCUCAACUUUAACCCCUCCAAUCCAUUCUGCCAAGGCAUUCAGGGGAUUGUGGAAGCCUACAGGAUGGUUUUGCCUCAGCUCAGACUCUCUGGACCCACAAACUUCUCGCCCAUCAUCAAUCACGUUGCAUCCCUGGCCUCCACCGCUGCUCAGACUAACGCCGCCUCUCAAUACUUCGUCCUCCUCAUCCUCACCGACGGUGAGAUCACAGACUUGGACCAGACCAGGGACGCCAUCGUCAGAGCAUCGCGGCUGCCCCUGUCAAUCAUUAUUGUGGGGGUGGGGCCAGCCGACUUUAAGGCCAUGGAGCUCCUGGAUGGAGAUGACGGUGUGCUGAGGUCCACUGUGGGAGAAGCUGUGGCCAGAGACAUCGUCCAGUUUGUCCCAUUCAGGCAGUUCAAAGAUGCUCCCACCACGGCUCUGGCUCAGUCUGUCCUCGCCGAGGUUCCCAACCAGCUGGUGUCAUAUUUCAAAAUGAGAGGCCUUGACCCACCGAAACAGCAAGCUGCUCCCAAAUCCUAG